AUGAAGCUCAUCGCUUUCAUCCUCUUCCUUCUUGGCCUCGUCAACGCCAGCGUCAUCCGCACUCCCGCUGAGGCUGCCACCCCUGCCGCUACCCCCGACGCCUUCGUCGCCAAGGAUGAGAAGAUGGCAUCCUGCAACAUCCAGUGCGCCUUCUGGUACCAGAAGUGCUACUACCGCCCUUGGGGCUACACCUGCGAUGACAACGGUCUGUUCCGUCGCCGCGGAUGGAACCCUGACUGUGAGAAGAACUGCUGGUGCAACUGCGAUUCUAAGUAA